UCCCCGACGUACCAGCCUCGCGGCGGGGUUGCCGUGGAGACAGAGCGUCCUGUGUGGAUGCGGCGAAACGCUGAGGCCCGGCCUUUGCUGUCUGGAGGGGACUCACAAGACCGACGUCAAGAUGAUGCUUUCAAGGGCCAAACCUGCUGUAGGCAGAGGCGUACAGCCCACUGACAAAAAAAAGAAGAAAGGUAGGAAGAUUCCAAAACUAGAGGAGCUACUUUCAAAAAGAGAUUUCACUGGAGCUAUUACCCUAUUGGAGUUCAAACGUCAUGUUGGAGAAGAAGAAGAGGAUACUAAUUUGUGGAUUGGAUAUUGUGCCUUUCACCUGGGUGACUACAAGAGAGCUCUGGAGGAAUACGAAAAUGCUACAAAAGAGGAAAAUUGUAAUUCUGAAGUCUGGGUGAACCUAGCUUGCACCUACUUCUUUCUUGGGAUGUAUAAACAAGCUGAAGCAGCUGGAUUUAAAGCUUCAAAAAGCCGACUCCAAAACCGCCUCCUCUUCCACUUGGCUCACAAGUUUAAUGAUGAGAAAAAAUUGAUGAGCUUUCAUCAAAAUCUUCAGGAUGUCACAGAAGAUCAACUCAGUUUGGCCUCAAUCCACUAUAUGCGAUCUCACUACCAAGAAGCUAUUGAUAUAUAUAAGCGAAUACUGCUAGAUAACAGGGAAUACCUUGCCCUCAAUGUUUACGUGGCCCUCUGCUACUAUAAGUUGGAUUACUAUGAUGUGUCUCAAGAAGUUUUGGCUGUUUACCUUCAGCAAAUUCCUGAUAGUACCAUCGCACUCAAUCUUAAAGCCUGUAAUCAUUUUCGCCUUUACAACGGCAGAGCAGCUGAGGCAGAACUCAAAAGCUUGAUGGACAAUGCUUCUUCAUCCUUUGAAUUUGCUAAAGAACUCAUCAGGCACAAUCUGGUUGUUUUCCGAGGAGGUGAAGGGGCUUUGCAGGUUUUACCUCCCCUAGUUGAUGUCAUUCCUGAAGCUAGGCUAAACUUGGUGAUUUACUACCUUCGUCAAGAUGAUGUACAAGAAGCUUAUAACUUAAUUAAGGAUCUGGAACCUACUACUCCUCAGGAGUAUAUUCUCAAAGGAGUGGUCAAUGCAGCCCUUGGCCAGGAAAUGGGUUCAAGGGAUCAUAUGAAAAUUGCCCAGCAGUUCUUCCAGUUGGUGGGAGGAUCAGCUAGUGAAUGUGAUACAAUACCAGGGAGGCAGUGCAUGGCUUCCUGUUUCUUCCUGCUUAAGCAAUUUGAUGAUGUCUUGAUUUACCUCAACUCAUUUAAGAGUUACUUCUAUAAUGAUGACAUCUUUAACUUUAAUUAUGCCCAAGCCAAAGCUGCAACAGGCAAUACCAGUGAGGGUGAAGAGGCGUUCCUCUUGAUCCAAAGUGAGAAAAUGAAAAAUGAUUACAUUUACCUCAGCUGGUUAGCUCGGUGCUAUAUUAUGAAUAAGAAACCAAGACUAGCCUGGGAACUUUAUCUUAAGAUGGAAACCUCUGGCGAGUCCUUCAGUCUCUUACAGCUCAUUGCUAAUGACUGCUACAAGAUGGGCCAGUUUUACUAUUCUGCCAAAGCUUUUGAUGUCCUUGAGAGACUGGAUCCCAACCCUGAAUAUUGGGAAGGCAAAAGGGGUGCCUGUGUGGGCAUUUUCCAGAUGAUCGUAGCUGGGAGAGAACCCAAAGAGACCCUUCGAGAAGUGCUCCAUUUACUGAGAAGCACAGGUAACACCCAAGUAGAAUACAUGAUCCGGAUCAUGAAGAAAUGGGCCAAAGAAAACAGAGUGCCCAUCUAAAAUAGCUCCAGCAUCCUAGGAACCAGCUUCUACUUUGGCAUAAAACUGGAAAUCAUUUUCACUCCAGUUUAAUCUGUGAUACAGGGCUCUGUUUUAUUGACAUUUUCCAUCCUUGCUCUUUAAGCCUCAAGGUCAGAGACUGACUUGCUGAGACCUAGUCUCCUGGCUGAACAGAGUGCCAUAGUCUGUGACCCUGUAUGAUCCUACUAGCAAUAAGACUUUGGACUUAUCUGGUGCCUUUCUUCCAAAAAUGCUCAGAGUACUUUUAUAUAAUUUACUGACUUUAAGGAAAACAGUAUAACUUUUUUUUGUUAGUGUUUUAUGGCAUUGUCCCCUGGCUGCAAUAACAAACAUCUUUGAUGUUCAAGAAUCAGCAUCAUUCUAUCAUUUAACUUUAAGGGAUCUCUGUACAUUAUCCCAUUUUAUUGGGGAAUUCCAUAAGGGGUUUUAUAACUGCACCUCUGAAUCUUGGGAGAAUAACUAGCUAUGUGAUUCUAAGAAUAGCAGUAAGUUCCUUUAUCAAACUGUCCAGUCAUUAAUAGGAUAGAUUUGUGGGAUUACUCUUUCAGUAAUUAAAUUGUUGAUAAUAAUGACACGUUACAGUGCAGUAAGAUGAGUACUGCAGUGUUUUAAAAGGUGAGUACUAUGAAAAAAAUUGCAGUACCUCUAAAGGUAUUCAAGAAACAAUGUUUAUGAAUCUCACUAGUCCAUUAUAUUUUGGUACCAUAAUAUUUUAGGUAACAAAGCAGGUUAGGUUUUUGUUAAUGUAUCUUUCUGAACAAACAUCAGUUUUGAAAGUAGUGCUACAGUGAUUAUUUAUAUGCAUUAUGGGCACUUAUUAAUGUAACAAUAAUAAAACAUGAAUUGUGUAAAGUC